GUUGCACUCUGUCAGGUGUGUGGGGCCGCGGUGUGGCAAGUCCUCCGGCCGCCGUGUACCUGCCCCCGCUCGCCCGCCUGCGGCUCCAGCGCCCUCACCUCGGCCUCCCUCGUUCGCCCGCCAGGCUCUCGCAGCCUCCGCGAGCCACCCCGGACCUUGUGCCCUCGAGCUCUCCCGGCGCCCGCCCGACGGGGCCGCCUCCGGCCAUGGUACCGUCCCAGGAGGAGCCCGUGGCCGCCGCCACACAGGGGACGAGCGAGGCACAGCCACCGGGGCCCGCGCCCUCGGAGGACGCUCCGCUGCCCGGCUCGGGACCCUCGGACGGCCCCGACGUGUCCUCAGAGAAGGUGGAGGUGGAGCUGACGAGGUCAACGGGCGACGAGCCCCCUGUCCCCCCCGAGGGAGGCUGGGGCUGGCUGGUGAUGCUGGCGGCCAUGUGGUGCAACGGGUCGGUGUUCGGCAUCCAGAACGCCUAUGGGGUGCUCUUUGUGUCCAUGCAGGACACCUUCGGGGCCAAGGACAGUGACAACAUGGCCUUCAAGACAGCGUGGGUAGGCUCGCUGUCCAUGGGCAUGAUCUUCUUCUGCUGUCCCAUAGUCAGUGUCUUCACAGACAUGUUUGGCUGCCGGAAAACAGCGGUCGUGGGUGCCGCCGUGGGAUUCAUCGGACUCAUGUCCAGUUCUUUCGUAAGCUCCAUCGAGCCUCUGUACCUUACCUAUGGAAUCAUAUUUGCCUGCGGCUGCUCCUUUGCGUACCAGCCUUCAUUGGUUAUCUUGGGACACUACUUCAAGAAGCGCCUUGGACUAGUUAACGGCAUCGUCACAGCCGGCAGCAGUGUCUUCACAAUUUUGCUCCCUUUGCUUUUAGGGAACCUGACCAACAGUGUGGGCCUCUUUUACACACUGAGAAUCCUCUGCAUCUUCAUGUUUGUGCUCUUCCUGGCUGGCUUUACUUACCGACCUCUUGUUCCCAGCACCAAAGAGAAACAGAGUGAGGGCAGCAGGCUCUCCUUCUUUUCCCGGAGAAAGUUUAGUCCUCCAAAGAAAUUUUUCAAUUUCGCCAUCUUCAAGGUGACGGCUUAUGCAGUGUGGGCUGCCGGAAUUCCACUUGCGCUCUUCGGAUACUUUGUGCCUUACGUCCACUUGAUGAACCAUGUAAAGGAAAGAUUCCAGGACGAGAAGAACAAGGAGGUGCUUUUCAUGUGCAUUGGCAUCACUUCUGGAGUUGGACGCCUUCUCUUUGGCCGCAUUGCAGACUAUGUGCCUGGACUGAAGAAGGUUUACCUGCAGGUGCUCUCCUUUUUCUUCAUUGGUCUGAUGUCCAUGAUGAUUCCCCUGUGCAGCGUCUUUGGGGCCCUCAUUGCUGUCUGCCUUGUCAUGGGCCUCUUCGAUGGAUGUUUCAUUUCUAUCAUGGCUCCCAUUGCCUUUGAACUAGUUGGUCCUCAGGAUGCUUCCCAAGCCAUUGGAUUUCUACUUGGAUUCAUGUCUAUACCCAUGACCGUGGGUCCUCCAGUUGCAGGGUUACUUCAUGACAAGCUGGGCUCCUAUAAUGUGGCCUUUUAUCUUGCUGGAAUCCCUCCCUUUGUUGGAGGCAUUGUGCUCUGUUUAAUCCCGUGGAUCCAUAGUAAGAAGCAAAGUGAGGUCAGUAGAAGCCCUGGAGGGGAGAAGAUGGAGAAGAUGCUGGAGAACCACAACUCUCUGCUGUCGAGCUCCUCCAGGAUCUUCAAAAACCAAUCAGACUCUAUUAUUUAAUGCCAGAUAUACCUCCACCUGACUGGAUUUGCUUUUGAAGUUUUCCUUUUAUAUGAAUUGCAAAUUUCCUAUUUUUUUAAAUCAUCCUUGAAAUAGCACAAAUGGGAAAUGGAGCCUUUAUUUCCACAGGAGCCAUUUUCUCUCCCCAGACAGCUUUGAUAUUCCCAGGAACUGGGAAGAGACUGUUACAGCAAAUGUAUCUGGAAGUUGAACUCGAGAACUCAAAGCUGUCUUCGUAGCAGGCAGCCGUGAAGCCGUGGAUGCUGUGUAGCUGGCCCAGAUACAUACAGUGGACUUCGAGCUACGUGAAAGGGUAGCAGUUUGGUUCAUACCGGAAGUAUUUUGUUGGUUGCUUCAUUUGGUGUUUUUAGUUCCAGUGUUUUAGUUUCUUCUGCAUUUUGUAACUUUUUGCAAAAUUUAAGCCUGGAUCCUAGAUAAUAACCUAAACCUCAAGUCUGUUAAAUGAUUUAAGCUAUGAAAGUGGGUGAUUCUGACAUGCUCCAGUGUCAUGGGACCUCCUGGGAGCAGAAGCUGAAGCACCCAGAAUGUCUGAGAUGACGGGUCCUCUCAUAGGUCCUCUCAUAGGCAGCCCUUGGGUGCGUUUUCUGCUCAACCACGUUCCCUUUGGUCUCUAGUGUGCUUUACUCCAGUAGCCAGAAACACACCAAAUUUCUGAUUUUGCAUAGACAAUAAAGUAAAAUAGAAUGUAUAAAAGCUUUCCUGGUAAUUUUAACAGGA